AUGCCAAGGGUUUGGUUAGGGCUGAGGGUUUGGGUGUGCGAAAGCGAAGUCAGUUUUGGGCUUGUGAGCGCGGCCUACUCCCGGAGCCUGUUAGUUGUUCUGGCCGUAUUGCACCACCAUCCUCAGCUCCUCACGUCCACUCUCUACCAGAUCCGGCAGCUCUGUGGCAGACAGGGAGGCCCAGUUGCUGGACAUCUAUUCCCUCGGACGGCGGUUCGCACAGAGCCGCUUGAAAGAAGGCCGCGCCGCUCCCUCAAAAGAACGUAAGUGAACACAUGCCGGUGAGAGCUCACCCAGCGAGGAGGCAUGGCCAUGGAUGCUUGGUUUCUUGCAGGUACCGGUUUGGUUGGUGGCCACGUGUCGGCUGGCAGACGGGCGUCUGGAAAAACACACAGGUGACCACCAAGGACGCCAGCCGCUGCCGGAGUGAGUCCAGUCCGCCUGCCAUCUCAUCUUUUCCACCCCGCCUGUGUGUGGUUCUAUGGUUCAGAUCGUAG